AUGAUGAUUGUAUUGGAGAAGGAGCUGGCUGCCCUCUCCAUGCGGCCGAGAGACAAUGUGAAGCCGGUGCUUGACAAGGUCAAGGACACCUAUGCGAGGAUGGCAACGGCAGGCAGCAAGGUGUCGGAGAUGCAGCAGUGCACCAAGAUCAUCUCGCAGAUCCUGCAGGAGGACUUCCGCAAGCGCCACACGGGAGGUGGUGCUGCCAACAAAACUGUUGAGGGGUAUGGAGCUGCAGGAGGCAGCAGAGGAAGAGGGGGAGGGAGAGGCCGAGGCCGUGGGAGAGGCUUUGGCAGAGGAAGAGGUCGAGGUGAUUACAAUGAGGGGCAUGGGAGCUCUGGAGGCAGGGGGAGCACCCAAAUGGAGGGUGCGUGCUGGUACUGCAAGAAGGCUGGACACCCAUGGUUCAAGUGUUUCAGCCGGCCUGAGGGAUGGGCGCCCCCAGGCAUGAAGCCGCCAAGUGGUGAACGCCCACGAGGUGGCGCUGUGCGAGGUUCACGUGCACAUGGUGAUGGUGCACAAGGCAAAGCCGGCCCUGGAACGUUCCUCAUAGUUGAGGAUGUGCAAGGGAGUGGGGUUGAUGUGGGUUCAGUUGGGAAGGUUGUGAUGCACCCCCUCACUCACUGGGUGAUCGAUUCAGGUUGCACGAGUAACAUGACUCCACAGGCAGAUUUGCUUGAUGAGGUGAAGCCCCCUGGGAAGAUCAAGUUUGUGGCUGCCGCUUCAGGUGCUUUGCUCCCUAUGAUUGGUGUUGGGAAUGCCAAGGUAAUGGGAGCCAAUGGGGGGCUUGUGGGGCUGGGGAAUGUGCUGUUGGUUGAAGGUUUGUCCGCUAACCUCCUCUCUGUGCACCGACUGCAGAAAAGCAAGGCCAAAGUGACCUUCGGCCCAACCAGCUGCCGUGCAAAGCUUGGGAAGUUGCUGCUGUGGGACUUGGAGGAGAAGAGCAGCUGCAUCAAGGACCUAUGGCAGCUGCCUAUCAUUCCUUGGAAUGGAAAACCACCAGCAACGGCAGCGGCAGCUUCAACGGCUAAAGCAACAGCGGGAGGAGAGGAGACUGCACCAACUGGUGUGGCCCUGGAUGCAGUCAAGAAGGUGCAGGCCCCUUCUCUCUCGAGCAGCCGCUACUUCUUGACCAUUGUGGACGACCACAAGUGUGCGGUGUGGUUCUACCCUCUGAAGACUAAGGGGGAGGUGGCAGCGGCUGUUCUUAAGGAGUGGAUGCCGAGAGCUCAAAGGGAGAGCGGACACAAGGUGAAGGUGAUUCGCACUGACAACGGGGGAGAAUUCAUUGGCGCUGAUUUUGAGGUCCCCCUUGUGAAGAACAGGUUGCUGGCGGCUAUGGGGAACAAGCAGUGGGUCCCCUACACCAAGUGGUAUGGGAGUGCACUUGCAGUCAACAUGCUGAGAGCGUACGGGUGCAUGGUGGUGUUUCAUGUGCCGAAGGAGAAGAGGGGAAAACUGGAAGCUUCUGGGAGAUGGGGAGUGCACUUGGGGCUUGCUAAGGAUCACAAGGGCUGGCUGAUUUGGGACUUGACCAGCCAGCAGCUGACUGUGUCGAGGGAUGUGAAGUUCCUCGAGUCCUUAGACUACAAGGAGUGGAAGCAACAGCAGGAGAAGCUUCCUACUACACCGCUGAUCAUUGAGGCUGAUGAGGUGCAGUGGCCUUCGAGGCAAGUGCAGGUCACUGUGUCAGAGGAGGAGAUUUCUGGGGUGACUGAGAAUGGGGGAGAACCUGAGCCAAAGGUGGUACCGGCUGGGAGUGUGGCUGAGCAGUAUGAUGAGGAUGAGAUAGCACACUGCUACUGGGCAGCCGCCCCUGAGCCCAAGACGCUAGCCGAGGCGAUGAGUGGUCCCGAUGCUGAAAAGUGGAAGCAGAGUGUGAAGGAAGAGUAUGACUCUCUGCUGGAGAACGAGACGUGGGAGCUGUGUGAGCUGCCACCUGGGAAGAAGACCAUUUCUUCCAAGUUGAUCUUCAGGCAUAAGUACGGACCUGAAGGGGCGCUGACCCACUACAAGUCAAGGCUUGUGGCUAAGGGGUUUCAGCAGACAAAGGGGAAGGACUUCGACGAGAUUUUUGCUCCUGUGGGGAAAGGCACAACACUGCACGUGUUAUUGGCAAUGGCUGCAAACCGUGGAUGGCGGGUGAAGCAGAUGGACAUUACCACCGCCUUCCUCAACGGGAUCAUUCUGGAGGAGCUGUACAUGUUACAGCCUGAGGGAUUGGAUGAUGGGAGCGGCAGGGUGUGCAGGCUGAAGAAGGCCAUCUAUGGCCUGAAGGAGGCUCCUCGCGCAUGGUACCACAAGCUGGAGGAGACACUGCUGGGUGGGGGGUUCAAGAAGAGUGAGUGCGACCAUAGCUUGUUCCUGCUGCAAGAGAAGGAGCAAUUCCUCAUGCUCCUGGUGUAUUUGGACAACAUCCUGCUUUUCUCUGACUCGUUUGCAAUGAUUGAGCGCGUGGAGGAGAUGCUGGAGAUGCAGUUCAAGUGUUCCAAGAUGGGAGAUGUGAAGUAUUACCUUGGGAUGCAUGUGGAGACGGACCUUGACAAGGGAGUGUUGAGGUUGCACCAAAGGAAGUACUGUGAGGGGAUGGCCGAGAAGUAUGGGCUGCAAGAUGGAGGAAAGCCAGCAACCCCACUUCCUUUGGGGUUCACUGUGGAGCCCUCUGCUAAUGAGGAGGUGGUGGGUGAGAGUGAUAGGAAGCUGUUUCAUUCCAUGGUUGGGGCGCUCAACUAUGCGGCUAACCAAACGCGGCCUGACAUUGUCUUUGCAACAUCUGGGCUUGCUAGUGUGGUCUCACGCCCCAGUCAUGAGCAGUUAGAAGCGGCCAAGAGGUUGGUCCGCUAUGUGAGUGCAACGGCAUCAGUGGGUUUGGUGUACAGUGCUGUGAGGCAGAGGCUGCAGAGGGGUGCAGCUGAUUUGAGCAAGGGGGAGAUGCUCUUGACCUGCUACACUGACGCUAGCUUCAACUUUGUGAAGGCUGUUGGCACCAGCAUUGGAGGCUACGUGUGCCUAUUUGGAGGUGGAGCAGUGAGCUGGCGCAGUAAGAAGCAGAAUGAGGUGGGGCAGUCCUCGUGUGAGACAGAGCACAUGGCCCUGCAUUAUGGGGCAAAAGAGGUGGUGUGGUUGAGGCGUUUGUUGGAGGAGAUUGGAGUUGGUCAGAGGGAGCCGACUAUCAUGUUCUGUGACAAUGAGUCGGCAGUGAAGUUAGCUAAGAAUGCUUGUCUUCAUGGGCUGACCAAACACAUCAGGCCUAAGUGGCACUGGGUGAGGAGGCUUUUAGACAAGGAGGUGCAACUAGAGAUUGUGAAGACCCAUCAGCAGGCGGCUGACAUUUUCACCAAGCGCCUGGCUGAAUCUGAACAUUGGAAGGGUAUGAAGCUUGUUGGGAUGAGUGUGCAUUGA